AAGUCGCACCGGAUAAACAUGGCCGCCUCCCCGCCGCCGGACGCGAGCGUGAAACGCACAGGUGAAGAAAUGAGCUCGGCGCUGGCAGCGGACGAGUGCUCCGUGUCGGAGAAGGGCGGCGGCGCGCCCCACGAGAGAGACUCGUCCACGGCCGAACCGGACGCGGGGGAGCCGUUCAAGAAACCGGCUCUCUUCGCCGCGCCUUCUCUCGCCGGCAAACGCGGCGGCGUUGCCGCUUCGCCCAAACCGACGGCGGCCGACACGAAAACGGUGAAGGAAAACAGAGACGCGGCAGUCGCGCAGGCCGCCGGCGACCCCUCGGCCCGUCCCGCGGACGGAGAGAAACCCGCGCUAAAUCACCAAGAAGAGGACAAACAUGGAGAAAGGGACGAGGGGGCUGCUGCUGUCAGAACCACACCAGACGCUAAGCCCCGGGCGCUGCCGGCCAAAGGGCCCCCGGCUGGUAAGUUCCCGCCCCUGCCGUACGCGGAGCCACCCUGGGGUGGCCGGGCGCCGGACACCCCGUACGCGCUGGAAAUCCUCAAGAACGGCGCCAUAGUGGACACGGUGCCCCUGACCCGCAGCAGCUUCUUCGUGGUGGGACGCCUACCUGUGUGCGACGUGGCCCUGGAGCACCCGUCCAUCUCCCGGUACCACGCCGUGAUUCAGUUCCGCGGGCGCGCAGGCGAGGGGGAGUGCGUCGGGGAGGAGCGGGGCUUCUACGUCCACGACCUGGGCAGCACCCACGGCACCGUGGUGAACAAGAACAAGGUCCCGCCGAGGACCUAUGUCCGGCUCCGCGUGGGCCACGUGCUGAAGUUCGGCGGCAGCACGAGACUCUUCAUCCUGCAGGGUCCAGAGUCCGACGAGGAGGAGGAGUCUGAACUUACAGUGACCGAGCUAAGGGAGCGUGCCCAGAAACAGAAAGCAGAGCUGGAGAGGAGGAUGAUGGGAGACGGCUCUGAUGAGGAGGAGGAGGAUGAGAAGGAGGAAGGUGGGGAAGGUGAAAGCAACAAGUGCCAGAGCAAACCAUCAAAGGAAGAUUCGGGCUGUUCAUGGGGAAUGGCCGAGGAGGUUGUUCCAGAGGAAGACGAGAACGAGGAAAACCCUUUCUCCACAGAGUUCCAGGAGGACCAGGAGGCCGCAUAUCUGAAAGACCCCAAGAAGGCCUUGCAGGGCUUCUAUGACAGGGAAGGGGAGGAGCUGGAGUUUGAGUAUGAAGACAAAAGCCAUGGCUCCUGGCUGUGCAGAAUAAAGCUGCCCGUGGAUGAUGCCGCUGGCCGGCAGCUGGUUGCUGAGGUGACCCACACAGGGAAGAAGAAAGACGCAGCCGUCCAGUGCUGCCUGGAUGCGUGUCGAAUGCUGGAAGCUAGAGGACUGCUGCGACAGGAAGCAGUCUCCCGUAAACGCAAGAAGAAGAACUGGGAAGACGAGGACUACUACGACAGCGACGAUGACACCUUCCUGGACCGAACGGGCACUGUGGAGAAGAAGAGGAAAGAGCGAAUGAAAAAGGCCGGAAAGGUUGCGGAGCGGCCCGACACCUACGAAUCACUGGUGGCCAAACUGUCGGAGGUGGAGAAGGAGCUGGAGGACACUCAGAAAAAGCUCAAUUCCGGUAGAGGAGACUCUUCUGGCUCCUCCACGGACGACCCGCUGGACGCCUUCAUGACCGCAGUGAGGAGCGAGGAGGCGAUGGACGCCGUGGAGCGCAGGAAGCUCCACGUUCACGCAGCAGACUUGCGCAAAGACGCCCAGCGCCUCCGCAAACUGGUCGAACUCACAAGGCCCGCACAGAUGCCGUCACUGCUGCAGGGUGGCAGCUCAGAGUCGGAGAAGCCAAAGAAGACUUUACCGCUGUUUGGAGCAAUGAAGGGAGGAAGCAAAUUCAAACUGAAGUCUGGCACCAUCGGGAAGUUGCCUCCUAAGCGGCCCAAUUUGCCUGCAGAGCUUUUCAACAUGAAGGAAGUUCCACCCAGUGGAGAAGAGGAGGAGGAGGAAGAAGAGGAGGCAGAGAAAAAUGAGGACAAUGAUGAUAAGCAAUGUACAAGUGUCGUGGAGUCAAAUGUUGACUCUGCAGAGUCCAGUGCAUCCACGUCUUCCUCCGGGCAGCGAAGAAAGAAACCGGUCAAGUCCCACGAGCUGAAAGAGCAAAGCCACAAAGCAACGAGAGGCGGGGCCGGUGCCGACACAGCAGACCAGGAGCCCGAGCACCAGAGCAUCAAGUCCCCUGCACCAUCGAGUCCAAAGUCCAGAGCAGAGGGUGACGGAGAGCCAGCUGCCGACCCCGGUCCCAGGAAGAAGAAGAAGGCGAUGGGCCCCAGCAGGCCUCCAGCACAGCUCUCAGGACAGUAUCCAGAGGACGACCCGGAUUAUUCUGUGUGGAUGCCUCUUACAGGUCAGAGCGGAGAUGGCCGCACACACCUAAACGACAAGUACGGCUACUGAGGGUUGAAAAAACGAGAGAGAGAGAGAGAGAGAGACCUCUUCAAUCUUCCACUCCACCAGCUUUCACCGCGCAGAUAAUACCUGUGACAUACAGCCCCUUUUCUCUUCAGCUCCGACCAUUAAGCCCCUCGGCCUGCCCGCCCGCCCACCCGCCUCCGUGCCCUGAGUGGGGAGCACCUACAGUAAGAGGAGCCUGGAGAAAAAGAAAAAAAAAGGAGUUGCAGAGAUCACACUGCUGCACCUUUUUAUUCAUCCCUUGAGGAUAUUUGCAUACUGUGAUGAACAAAAAACCACAGCAUUCCAAUUCACAUUAAACAACCCCCCCCAGAGAGCAGGCACUGUGCAGUCUGCCUGCUGGCCCUUUAUACCAUGACAAUAGAUUUUGGAGGCACCUGAAUUUCUUUAAAAUCUGAAUAUACAUAUAUAUAACAAAGCAGAAAAUGGAAAGGGACGGAGCGGCGACUGAUCCGAGUUCCGCUUUCUGCUCUUUGGCUGCUCCUCUUGCAGUUAAAUCCACCUGACAUCCAAUCUGUGUCCCUCCUCCUGUUUGGCAUCAGUCAAUCUCUGGCGUAACCUUUUUUUUUUUCUUUUUUUUCUAAAGGAGAGUUUGCAGCAGGGUGGGAGAAAGAGAGAGAGAGUCAGAGAGAGGGAGAGCAUUGAAGCAGCUUUUCUGACCAUCUGGACACUUGGAUGGCUUACUGGAUGAAACGCAAGCUGAUAAUGACUCAAGCUAAGUGGAGUGUGCGUGUGUGUGUCUGCAUCUACACACACACUCACUCACUCAUUGCCCAACCUUCUCAAAGUUCUCUUUUUAACAUGAUUGUCUUUGUGAGCGAGUCAGCAAUCGGUGCGUCUGCCUAGAGCAGGAUUCCACCCUCUGUGAAAUCCCACUCAUUGCUGUGCUCUUGUUUUCCUGCCCUACUCUCCACCCUCUUUCCUGUUCUUCUCUUCCUAAAACGACGACGUGGCGAAAGUGUAUUUUGUAAUAUAAAUGUAUAAUAAAAGUGUCUGUACAUAA